CCUCGUGCCCAGCAGGCAAGGCACGUAUGAAGUCAACCCAUGCAUCAUGAGGUUCAUGAACCCCCUCUCGCCUCCUCCCGUUCGUCUCCACCACUAUACCCCCCGCGCCUCCUCGCGUCCAGCACGCCCUGGAACCAGUCCAGCACCACGGCGCUCUGCUACUUGAGCGCCGCGACGCCCGAGUGCGUGCCGAUGGCGUCGUCGGCCCUCUUGAAGGCGUGCAGGUGGCCCCUGAACUGCGCGUCGUCCUCCGCGCCCCCGACAAACGUGGGCGUCCGGACGCGCCGCGCGACGCCCUCGAGCGUGUAGUUGCUCACGAGCGUCGCAAAGUCAAACGGCGACGGCUUAUUGAACGACCACAUGCCCUACUCCAGCCCCCAACCGCAGGUCGUCCCGGCCCAGGCGGCCGCAAGAACCUUUUGGCGCGCCAUCUCGUCGAACCGCUCCUUCUCGCCGGCCGCGUGCAGCGCCAUGAGCUCCGGCCCAAAGCCCGCGUGGGAUCAUGCCGCCAAAGUCCCAGACCCCGUCCACCGCCAUGACGGCCGCCGGGCGGCGCACUCUUGUCCGCGUUCAGUAUUGCGAAUCUAGCGUGCCACCGUGGCUCGUUUGCGCUUAUAUGCAGCGCGGGACUGCUCCGUACCUCACCUUUUGAUCGGAUGCUAGCCCCCAUUCCGCAGGGUUAUAUGCCUUGAGAGGUUUGGGUGAAGUUCUUGUUAUCGCCCCUGUGAAUGAUUUCGUUAGCAUUCCCAAAGCUAUAGUUUCAUCUCGGGGCCGCACCUACGUCUGCUCAUGGCACAUGUCAAGGCCACCUCUUGUACAAGUCUCUAGUUGCGUUGACAACGGUAAAGAACCAUCGGCUGUACUCGGCCGCUUGUAUGAUGGCCACAGAUACAGUUCUCCAGUUGAUGGCCUUCCAGGAAGCAACGCCUCUCCGGAACAAGUCAGGGCUGGCUCCGCACACUAGAAACGCGGUUCCAAUCACAACCAUGGCUGUUCGAGGAUUGAUAUAUGAUGCGGCGCUACUAAUUGACCAGUUCUUACUACUGAGGGACUGCCUUUAGCUUGGAUUUGCUUGCGUGCAUGAGCGAACAGUUGGGGGGGGCAACAUACUUAUAAACCAGCCCUAGGCCAAUGUUGGUGAUAUGGCUGGAUAUUAUUUUCCCGCCGGGCGAUGUUGUUUUCGCCAUUGUCAUCUACGUAACUGAAGCGAAGUCACGAAAGUCAGGGUGGCUUGUUUGGACCAAGCUUCACUUGCGUUCGCGACUCCCACGCGUCUGCGAAGCAACCGCGAUCGGAUCACGUCAGCUUGCAUGACUCCCGGAUACGGAUUUUAUUUCGCCCGUAAAGAACUCUGGGAGGGCCUCAAUGUAACGUGUGUAGAUAUAAGGGCGGGCGCGCUCCCGAUUAUUUACUGUAUAGACGUAAGACGCGAAUGCUCCAUCAAGGCCCCCCCCCCCCUCCCCCGCCCCUACUUUUCAACCUCUUGGUAUGUUGCAAAGCCAGGUCACAGCGGCAGCGGCGGUAUUGUAGCUCGUGAGGCAAACGUGAGCGAUGGCCACCCACCCGGUUCCAUGGGCUCAACAGCGCGCCUUCUAUCAUUAAUCUAUAUGGCUUGUGCUCUAUGGCUGAGCCACCCCAAAGCACACGACCUGUACGAAAGCCCCCGGAUCUGCCUUUCUCUGGACUGGAUGAUGUGCCCGCUCGGGAUUGCUGCAUCUGACUGGAUCUGGAAACUCUAUUUGUUAGCGACGCUCUCGAACGGUAGGCUGCUGCCUGUGGCUAUGUCUACUUCAUGUUGUGCGACCGCGGGCCGGACCAUGGACGGGAGUCUUCUGCCGCGCAAGAGAGGGGCGGUGCAGGGCAGUGCACUGUAGCCAUCUUGAGGAGCAUCAUGUGGGUUGAUGAAUAUAAAUUAUCCACUGGCAAUCAGUUGCAUCCGUAUAGUAGUAUACGGAGUAGUCAUUUUGCGUUCUCGGUCCUUCUGAGCGUCCAGUCCUGCCAACGACUCCGGAAUGGAAACUUGUCAACAUGAUGGCAACCCCGACAUGUACGGACUAGGUAUCCGUCUUGGUUUCUACUUGCAGUGGCUGAGCCUCAACCUUGCCGUCACGCUGCGUGUCCACGAGGAGAUCCCCGCCAUUCGAUUCACCAAUACGUCCUUUAUCGCCGCCGAGUUUCUCGCCGUCCUCAUUCAGAUCUCCCAGGCGACGAUCGAGCCGGUCGACAUUUACAUCGUACUCCUCCUAUGUUAUGGAGCGUUCUUGUUCCUAGCGCCACUGUAUAUAUGGCGCAUCGUCACUGGUUUCGAGCCUAGCCUCGACCCGACGCGCUGGCCUGUUGUCGAGCCGGGUAUACUGGACACGCAGCUUCAUUACCUGCUUCUCAUCGCGGUGUCAUCCUUUCAGAUAUGGUUUUGGGCCGUUCCGGCCGAUACACGGACCGCCAACGACUGCGCGACGUAUGCCUUCAUCUUUGCGAAGAUUCCAUUGGAGAACAAGGCUUUUCGGGCCGUCAACAUCUCGCUCUAUUCGUGUCUGCUUAUACUGGCUGCUCUUUCAUAUAUCUCCCUGGCGAGGUUUUUCAAGAGCGCAACGGCCGAAGAUGCGAAUGAGAGCGAUACAGAAUCUUACCUUAGCGGUACAGAGUUUGGAUUCGGCGAUACAGGGUUAAGAGUGGGCGGCGGAGCGACUGAAGACAGGGUGAGUGUUGACGGUACCGAGAGCACGUGCUCCAACGACGACAAAGGCAGGCCCAGGUAUCAUCUCUCUCCGUGA